CUGGAGGGUAAGAAAAAUCAUAUAUAAGAGAGCCGAUUUCACUCAAAGGAGUCAUUCUGUUCUUCAAGUUAUUGAAAACAGUAUUACUAUUAUUUUUAACCCAGUGUUUUAUACCUAUUAGUAAAAAUGUUUAAGUGUGGUGUUUGUGAUAAAGUUUUCACUGUUAAGUGUAAUAUGUUGAGACAUGCAAAAUCUCACGAACAAAUGAAAUUUCAAUGCUGUCACUGCAAACAAGAUUUCACCCGUCAAAGUAAUCUAUCUGAUCAUAUAAAGAAAAAACAUGGUUUUAUUAAAUAUAGUGCAGAGUAUAAUUUAGCAAUGGGUAAUACAAUCAGACAACCAUUAUCAGGUUCCACGUCACAUACAUCGAAAGUGAUUAGUCCACCUACACCACAGGAUCUUAUCACUCAUAGUUCUACGGGUAAACGGAGGAAUAAAAAUACUCACCAAUGUAAUAUUAAACAUAAAAAAACUCGUAUGGGGUUAGGUAAUACACCGGGUUUUAAUGAAAUCGACUCCUCGCUGAAUCGCACAACUAUUUGGUUUUAUAGAAGUAAUGUUGAAAAUAUGAUGGUAUAUCAAACUUUUCUUAACUCAUUAAAACCUGAAUUGAUUAGAAAACUUAAUAAUUUUACUUGUAUUAAACCGAUUAAGUAUAAUUUAAAGUUGGAGGCGACUUAUUCACAUAAGGAGUUACCCUCUGAGAAUCGAUCGUUUAAAACAUCAGCAAGAGAGCUUUAUUCAUAUAGCGAUAUAAGUACCCUAGUGGAUGAUGAUUUCGCAAUAUUAUUAGCUGAGGAAGAUGUGUAUAUGAGGAAAGGAAGUGGAUUUACGUUAGCUUCGAUUGAUGGUAUAUUGUUGGGCGUAUACGAGUAUACUCCUAUGGGUGGCUCAUCAUAUAUACCACUCCCGGAGAGUAUCUCUAAAAAAAAGGGUGUUAUCAACCCGAAAAAUAUUGACGAGUGUUGCUUCAAGUGGGCGAUUUUAGCACGACACGCUAGUGGGAAUAACCGUUGUAGGGUUGAUAUAAAUUACUUUAACGAGGAGCAUCGGUAUGAUUUUUCAGGCUUAAGCUUCCCUUCCCCCAUUUCAGAAAUUCCGAUAUUUGAAAAACGUAAUGAUGACACGACAGUAAAUGUAUAUGGUUUGAAAUUCGUGAAAUCUACAAUGCAAGAU